ACCAGGAGCCGCGGUGUGAGUUGGGCGCGCGCUCAGUCACGGCGAGCUCAUGGGCGCUUUAUGCUGAUUGUUUGGUUUCUGAAACAUUUUGCCUUUGCAAGAGUUUCCUCGCAGGAUUCCUGCUGAGUGUUCAUUCUAUUAGUGAUUGGCACCUGUUGUGAGGAUACCGAGAUUUGUCUUUGUGCAGCGCACCAAACUUCUGAUGAGCUCGAGCAUCAGAGAUGGAGGCUGAAGAAAGCAAAAUUUCCGUGUGGGUUUGUAGGGAGGAGAAGCUCGUGUCGGGUUUGUCGAAGCGCACCACGUGCGCAGAUGUUAUUAAAGUCCUGCUGGAGGAACCGAACUUGCACGGGCGCGCGUCCGCGUCUGCGCGCGCUUACUGCAUUGUGGAGAAGUGGCGCGGAUUCGAGCGAGUUUUGCCCAAUAAGACCAAAAUCCUACGCUUGUGGAAUGCAUGGGGUGAGGAGCAGGAGAACGUGCGCUUCGUGCUCGUCAAGCAGGACGCGUCGCUUGCCAGCAGCGUGCCACGAAGCGCUGAGGCGCGUCUCGUGCCGAGCCGACAAAACCCGUGCGCGCGCGAGGGCACCGUGCGCCAAGCCACCAUGGCCCUGUCUCCUGAGAAGCAACGGCGCGUGGUUCGGAAAGCUUUUCGGAAGCUGGAGCGCAUCAAUAAGAGGCGCGCGCAAGCGCAGUGCAAGGACGCGGAGAGAAUGGAGACCCUCGUGCAUAUGGUGGUCUCGCAGGAUCAUACCAUUCGACAGCAAGUGGAGCGUAUCCAAGAGCUGGACCACGAGAUCGAGCUCUACGAGGCCAAAGUACAUCUGGACAGAGUAAGGGCUCAUGGUGCUAACUACGUCCAGGAGACCUACCUGGUGGAUGGAACUCCAUCCAAGGAUACACACACCAUCAAUGGAGAACAGACACUUGCUCAGAUGGAGGAGUAUGCCAGAAUGUGUGAGGAGGUGAUCAGGCUGCAGGAGGAUCUAAAUGAACGCCAGAUUAUGCUGGACAGCAUUACCAGUGAUAUUCAAGAGGAGUUGAACAAGAGGUGGAUGAAGCGGAGGCAGGAGGAGUUGGCUAAUAAGGAUUUCGAACAUAACAGCAUGCUUAAGGUUACAAAUCAAACAUGGGAGGUAAAUGAAAGCGAAAUGCCUCCACAGAUAGGCAGUGAGGACGAUCUGCUCUUGGAGGAGGAGCGAAUUAGAACUCAACUGGACACGAGCCUGUACAUCGGCCUAAGGCUCAACACGGAUUUAGAGACCGUUGGAAGUGACCUAAACUUAGUCCAGGAGAUCUGGAGGGCAAGAGACAAAGAGUUGAGGGAUUUGCUUGAAAAAGUAGACUCACUUGAUUUAGAGGAAGAAGUGGAGGAGGAAGAUGAAGAGGAGGAGGCAAGGUGUGUCGUGCUGAAGGGCACUGAUAGACUGGAUGAAGACACAUCAAGUAGACAUGGAGCAUGGGUGGAGCAGGCCAGAGGACUUGCUGCUAAAGCAUGUAGCACUAACGAUGACGAUUCAGACACUGGACUCAGCUCAAUGCACAGCCAGGAUUCAGAUAUUGCUCCUGUUUUUGAGUCUCUUGUAUAGCAGUACACACGGGGACAGGAAAAUCCCCUACAGUUAAAUUAUCACAUAAAGAGCGUUCGUAUUUAUAUCCAGUUGGACUGAAACAGACACUGUAUGAUUUAAUAAGCCACUGGAGAUUUUGCUGUAUUUUGUAUCAUCGCCACCUGGACUCCUCUGACCUGUUGUUUGUGAAUAUAAAAACACCAAUUAUUAUACUGUUGAUGAAUGUGCACUUAGUCAGUAGUGUUUGGUGGCUGCAUAGAUCUUUUUUGUACAUGUACCACAUUCGACUGUUGACUUAAUCAGUGUUAAUUUGCAUAGGUUGAGGGUGAUUUUGCACCACAGACUUCCAAUUUUAACAGUAUAAUUGUAAAGUCCAAACAAAAUUCUGAUGGAAUGUAUAUUAAGCCUGUAUUUUAAGUCAAAUAAAUCCUAUUAUUAUAGA